UGCCCAUACAAUUCAAUCUUCCUAUCCUUGCUACUGCGCCCCCCACCUACAAUCUGUGUGCAGAUUCAGAAAUGGGAUCGAGUUCAAAUAAUUGGACUACCAAGCAAAACAAACUGUUCGAGAAUGCUUUGGUGAUGUAUGACAAGGACACCCCGGACCGCUGGCAGAACAUGGCCAGGGCUGUGGGUGGGAAGACUGUGGAGGAGGUGAAGAGGCACUAUGAGAUGCUUGUGGAGGAUGUCAAGCAUAUUGAGUCUGGCCAAGUCCCAUUGCCUAACUACAGAAAAGCUGGAGCCUCCAACAAAGGAUACAGCUUCAACGAUGAAGAACAGAGGGCUUCCUUUUGAUUCUGUUUUUUCUCCUCUCCUAGGUUGAAGUAUCUGAAGCUCUAAGCAGAUAAUAUGACGAAUUAGCAGCAAUAAGGAUCCAUUAUGCUUCAUGCUACAAAGCAAGUAAUGGAGUACUAGAAUAACAAGAAGUUAAUCUCCUUCCCUCUCCUUUUCUCUGCUUCAUGCUACAAAGCAAGUAAUGGAGUACUAGAAUAACAAGAAGUUUAUCUCCUUCCCUCUCCUUUUCUCCCCCAUACAGUGUAAUGUAUAAAUUUUCUUUCUUCUCCUGUAGGAUGUGUCCUCACUCCUUGUUCUGCAAGUCCUUCAUCCCUUUAUCCUCCUACCAUAUUGUAAUGGAAUCUUGCAGAAACAAAUGUAUCUACUUGUUAUAAUAGAUCGUACGUUUGCUAUGCUUUAA